ACCGUUGCGCAUCAGAACAGAAGGCACGUGCAAGAUUCCGACGAAAGCCAGAAGGAGCAAUCGGCGAUUCGGAGCACGAUUCGCUUGAGAUCUCAAAUCAUCAGCGGCACCGGAACGGGAUACAGAAGCACAGCUUCACGUAACAAAACAGAAUGUCUGAGAAGAACUCCGUGGAGUUACUCAACCAAUUGGAGCAUAUUUUGGACUCGGAUCCUCGCAUUGACGAGGUGGGGUUUAUUCAUCCAUCCCAGUUCGUCACACUCAAUGCAGAUGCUGGUGGUCCUUUUCCCUCUUCUGAUGGAACUGUGCAUCAGCAAGAGAAUGGAGUUAUGGGAUCAAGAGGAUCAAAAUUUAGUCCUUCUGGCAUGGUUUUCUGGUGUAGAGAUCAUAAGUUGGGCAUCUCAACUGAGGCUCUUCUUCCAUUGUACAAUGCGGCAAAAUGUGCAUUUAUGGCUGCAUAUGAAAGAUACAAAGCGUGUAACAAAGUAUGUGCAAAGAACAAUGGAUCUGGGGGCAGUGAUAUGUCAAGUUACUUUUCAUCUUCCCUAGAUAUCCUGGAAAGUGAAGUUAUGAAGCAUAGCAAGGCUCUUUUGUUGCUAAGUUGUGAUUUUGGCACUGCAUGGAAUUCCAGGAAACUAGUCUUGUCAAAGUGGCAACAUUUUCAGAUGUUUGUGGAUGAACUCUUCCUGUCAGCACUGGUUCUUUCUUAUGCACCAAAAAGUGAAUGUUCAUGGAGCCACAGGCGGUGGGUGAUCAAGAUGAUUGCUGGAAAGUUUUCAGAUCUGCAGGAGAUUGUGGAAAAAGAAUCUGAGCUAGUGCAAAACAUAGCUGAGAAAUCAAAAAUGAAUUAUCGUGCAUGGAAUCAUCGCUGCUGGUUAGUUUCUUAUAUGACAAGAGGACAGGUGCUCCAAGAGUUGAACAAAUCCAGGGAUUGGACUGGACUACACAUUGCUGAUAGCUCCUGCUUUCACUAUCGCACUCGGCUAAUUCUCAGAAUGUUAGAAGAUUCAUGUGAGAAACAAAAUCAAAUUGCAUUGUCUCCUUACAAUGUAGAACUUAGUCAAAUGUGGAAGGAGGAGCUUGACUGGAAUGAGACCUUGAUUAACCGUUACAUGGGUAGAGAGGCUCUGUGGCUUUAUCGCCGCUUCCUCUCACUUGGUUGGAUAAAGCACUUUUCAACUAAUAUUUGUGAUUUAUCCGUCCAUUCUGAUCAUAAAGAUGCCACAAAUCAAGAGAUUGCCAUCUUUAUGGACAGGGAGUUGGGAUUAUUCCAUUCCUGCUCAACCAUUCCAGAUAAUCAAUUUGAAGAUUUCCAAGCACAGGCAAUAUUUUCUGCUACAUACAUCUUGUGGUUGACAAAGCAAAUCUCAGAGAUUCUGGGAAUUAAGUUUCAAGGGAAGUUACCAGCAAGUGAGCUGAUGACCAUUGUGAGUGAGAUAUGCCCAGAAAAGAUCUUUCUUUGGCACUCUUUCCAGGAUGAAUGAGAAAGCAUGCAAUAAUUAUUAGGGAUUAGUCUUAAGAAAUGUGAAAUAAUCAAGUAUUUCCAUGUCUACCCAUUGCAACUGUAAUAUGCAUAUUGGGUGUAACUAACCCCGCAGUGGGAUCAAAACUUGAUCUGAUGUUUAUUUAUUCAAAAUAUACCAGCAAAUUAUUAUUCAGCAACACUUUCAUAAAUGUGAAUCAUUAUGAUAAGGUUUUUUUUUUUUAAAUGAAUGAAUACAAGGGAUGCUGUAUUAGUUUUAUUUUUUUUUUU